CACAAGUGAUUAUUUCUGUCGACAUAUUCUUCUGCGAAACACUGAUUUUCGUGUCAAAAAGAAUGGGCAAUGGUUUCAUUCAGUUAACUUUGUAAUAACACUACUUCUUGAUAUUAGAAUUUUAGAAAGUUUUAGUCUUUUGCGGAUGUUUUCAAAGACAAGUUGAUUCUUUGAUUGGCUGUAGGCUUCUUCUCUCAUCAUGCUUACCUCAAUUUGCAAGUUAAAUUUUUAUUCUUUCUGGUACCCUAUAAGUUCUAAACACAAGAAAAAUUGUAGAAAGAUUCAAGCAGGAGCAGGGGAGUGAAGAAAGAAAAUCAAGAUUCAGUCAGGGUUUGUCAAAGUGGUUAAUGCACAGUGGCGUUCUUGAUUGGGAUAGGGUGUUUCAGGUUGAUUCUAUUUUUUGUUGUGUUUGAUGAGAUAAUGUGUGUUUUGGCAGUUUUGGAAAGGUUAAAGUUUUCUACACAGUGCUUGUGACGCUGUGUUCUUGACCUUCUCAGAAAGAUGAUGAAUUACAGAUAUUGAUGCUGAUUGCGAGUUAUGUUUUUGUAUUUCCAAGCAUGGACUGUCUUUAAUUGGAAAGUUAUUCAUACCCAGCAAAAGAUGACACAAAUUUUUACAGUAAGAAAGACAGAUAGAGAGAAACAGAGGAGAAAGAUAAAUAAAUCAAUGACAUGUUUGUCAUACAAGAAGACUAUAAUAAUGUUGUUGGAAUAACUCUGAGCAAGAACUGGAUGAAAAGAAAUCAGCAAAGAAGAGUCAGGCAGUGCCCUGUAUAGCUGCUGCUGCGGUUUCAUUGAGGAUUUUUGCAUCCAGUUGCACACUUAGUAUGGAUAUAAAAUGUGCCUGGCUAAAACAUAGUACUCAGCGAAGGGAGUUAAGACUCCCCUCGUUGCCCUCUCACACUCUCACCACCAUUCAUCACCCCACAACAAAGACAAAGGUAAGCAGAACGACAAGGAAACGCAAUCGCAGUUCCUCCUUCAGAAGAAGCAAUUGGGUUGUCCCCAAUGCAUUGACAAUGCAUUGUACUUCUCGUAGUGGCAGCGAUGAUAACAACAACCACAACGGUGCCACUUUCCGCAACUCCAAGCUGAACGAGUCAACCUUCCUGGCUUCUCUCAUGCCCAAGACGGAGAUUGGGGCUGAUCGUUUCCUUCAUGCUCACCCACAUUACGACGGGCGCGGCGCUCUCAUUGCUAUCUUCGAUUCUGGUGUAGACCCGGCUGCAGCUGGAUUACAGGUGACCUCAGAUGGGAAACCAAAAAUUGUCGAUAUUCUUGAUUGCACUGGGAGCGGAGACGUUGAUACCUCAAAGGUGGUAAAGGCUGAUGCGGAUGGUUGUAUUUUGGGGGCUUCUGGGGCAUCUUUGGUCAUCAAUACUGCCUGGAAAAAUCCCUCUGGUGACUGGCAUGUGGGUUAUAAAUUGGUUUAUGAGCUUUUUACUGAAAAUUUGACUUCUCGUUUGAAGAAAGAAAGAAAGAAAAAAUGGGAUGAGAGAAACCAGGAGGAAAUUGCAAAGGCUGUAAAGCAGCUUACCGAUUUUGAUCAGGAACACGUGAAGGUGGAGGAAGCUAAUCUUAAAAGGGUUCGUGAAGACAUUCAGAAUAAACUUGAUCUUCUGAGGAAGCAGUCUGAGAGUUAUGAUGAUAAAGGGCCUGCCAUAGAUGCUGUUGUCUGGUAUGAUGGAGAGGUUUGGAGAGUUGCAAUUGACACAAAGAGCCUUGAGGACGAUCCAGACUGUGGGAAACUUGCUAAUUUUGUACCCUUAACUAAUUAUAGGACUGAGAAGAAGUAUGGUAUCUUCAGCAAAUUAGAUGCUUGUACAUAUGUUGUGAAUGUCUAUAAUGAUGGAAAUGUCUUAAGCAUGGUAACAGAUAGCUCCCCUCAUGGCACCCAUGUUGCUGGUAUAGCUGCUGCAUUCCACCCAGAGGAACCUUUAUUGAAUGGAGUUGCACCUGGAGCACAAUUAAUAUCUUGUAAAAUUGGGGACUCUCGCUUAGGUUCAAUGGAAACUGGAACUGGUCUGACUAGGGCUCUGAUAGCUGCUGUUGAGCAUAAAUGUGACCUUAUCAAUAUGAGUUAUGGUGAGCCUACUUCACUGCCAGACUAUGGACGGUUCGUUGACCUUGUGAAUGAAGCAGUAAACAAGCAUCGAUUGAUAUUUGUGAGCAGUGCUGGUAAUAGUGGGCCAGCAUUGAGCACUGUUGGAGCACCUGGUGGUACAUCUUCAAAUAUUAUAGGUGUUGGAGCUUAUGUUUCUCCUGCAAUGGCAGCUGGUGCUCAUUCUGUUGUUGCACCUCCUUCCGAUGGGCUUGAAUACACAUGGUCUAGCCGUGGACCAACAACUGAUGGAGAUCUUGGCGUCUCUGUAAGUGCUCCUGGUUGUGCAGUUGCUCCUGUUCCUACAUGGACCCUUCAACGGCGUAUGCUCAUGAAUGGGACAUCAAUGGCAUCACCAUCAGCCUGUGGUGGAAUUGCAUUGCUCAUAAGUGCAAUGAAGGCUGAGGGGGUUCCUGUGAGUCCAUAUAGUGUGAGGAAGGCCCUUGAAAAUACAUCUCUUCCCAUAGGUGGUUCACCUGAGGAUAAGUUGUCCACUGGGCAAGGGCUUAUGCAAGUUGACAAGUGUUAUGAAUAUAUAAAGCAGUCUCAAAAUAUUCCAAAUGUUCGGUAUCAAAUAAUGGUCAAAAAAUCUGGAAAAACAAAUGCUUGGUCACGGGGCAUCUACUUGAGGGAGGCCAAUGAUUGCCGACAACCUAUGGAGUGGACGGUGCAAGUUGAUCCAAAAUUUCAUGAAGAUGCCAAGAAGCUUGAGGAAUUGGCUAUGUUUGAGGAGUUCAUUGAAUUGCACUCAUCAGAUCAGACGGUUGUGAAAGCCCCCGAGUAUCUACUGCUCACUCAUAAUGGCCGUACCUUCAACAUAAUUGUGGAUCCUACCAAUUUAAAUGAUGGUCUGCAUUACUAUGAGCUUUAUGGUAUUGACUACAAAGCACCAUGGCGUGGUCCUAUUUUCAGAAUUCCAAUUACUGUAACCAAGCCCAUGGCUGUAACUGACAGAUAUCCUCUAGUUCCAUUUUCAAAUAUGUUAUUCCUGCCAGGCCAUGUCGAGAGGAAGUAUAUAGAAGUGCCAAAUGGUGCAUCUUGGAUUGAAGCAACUAUGAAUGCAUCAAGUUUUGAUACAGUUCGAAGAUUUUUUGUGCACACAGUUCAGAUAUGUCCAUUGCAAAGACCUUUUGCACGGAGGAAUGUGAUAACUUUUUCCUCUCCUGCUGCCAAAAGCUUUACCUUUAGGGUAGUAGGUGGUCAGACAUUGGAACUAGUCAUAGCUCAGUUUUGGUCAAGUGGCAUUGGCAGUCAUGCGACCACCAAGGUGGAUCUUGAGGUUAUGUUUCAUGGUAUAAAAGUCAAUCAAGAGGAAAUUGUACUUGAUGGGAGUGAAGCACCAAUCAGAAUUGAUGCUGAAGCGCUAUUGGCAUCUGAGAAACUUGCACCAGUAGGAAUUCUGAAUAAGAUAAGGGUGCCCUAUCGACCAAUAGAUGCUACAAUUAGCUCACUUUCAAGCGAUCGUGACAAACUCUCCUCUGGAAAGCAGAUACUAGCAUUGAAGUUAACAUACAAGAUCAAAUUGGAAGAUGGAGCUGAAAUAAAACCUCAAAUACCGUUUCUAAAUGAUCGGAUAUAUGAUACUAAAUUUGAGUCUCAAUUUUACAUCAUUUCCGAUUCAAACAAGAAAGUAUAUUCAAUUGGAGAUGCCUAUCCGAGCUCUACAAAACUUCCCAAGGGAGAAUACAAUUUACAACUGUAUUUAAGGCAUGACAAUGUGCAGAUUUUGGAAAAGAUGAAGCAGCUGGUGUUAUUCAUCCAGCGGAAUUUAGAAGAGAAGGAGAUCAUUCGGUUAUGCUUUUUCUCUGAACCUGAUGGUCCAGUGAUGGGAGAUAGUUCCUUUAAGUCCUCAACAUUAGUUCCAGGUAUAAAAGAAGGAUUUUAUCUUGGUCCUCCACCAAAAGACAAACUUCCCAAGAACUGUCUACAAGGAUCUGUGCUGGUGGGAUCAAUAUCAUAUGGUAAACUAUCAGUUGCUGGUCUACAGGAUGGUAAAAGUCCAGAAAAGCAUCCUGUGUCACAUCGGGUUUCUUAUAUCAUUCCCCCAAAUAAGGUUGACGAAGACAAGGGAAAAAGUUCUUCCUUAUCUUCCAAAAAGACAGUUUCUGAACGCUUAGAACAAGAGGUACGAGAUGCAAAAAUGAAAGUGUUUGGUGGUCUAAAACAAGGAAGCAAUGAAGAGUGUCUUGAAUGGAAGGAGUUGUCUGCCUCACUCAAAACUGAAUAUCCAAAGCACACACCGUUGCUUGCAAAGAUUUUAGAAGGUUUAGUUUCCAGAAGUUAUAUCAAAGACAAAGUUCUUCNUCAUGAAGAGAUAAUUGAUGCAGCAAAUGAGGUUAUUGACAGUGUUGAUAAAGAAGAGUUAGCAAAAUUUUUUGCACUAAAGCAUGAUCCAGGAGAUGAGGAAGUAGAGAAAACCAAGAAAGAGAUGGACUUAGCCCGUGAUCAGUUGGCAGAAGCACUUUACCAAAAGGGGCUUGCACUGGCAGAGAUUGCGUCUUUGAAGGAGGGAGAUAAGUCCUUGGCUUUGGUUGCCACAGAAGGUGCAAAACAAGAUGUGGAGAAAACUGAUGAGCAAUCAAAGGAUGAUGAGGUUCAUCCAGACUUGUUCAAAGAGAACUUCAAUGAACUGAAGAAAUUGGUUGAUGUCAAGUGCAGAAAAUAUGGAAUCCUGUUGGUCACAAACGAGAGGCGUAAUCAAAGGCUUGGGACAGCAUUAAAGGUACUGAAUGACAUCAUUGAAGAUGAUGGCGAGCCUGCCCCGAAGAAAUUCUAUGAACUAAAGCUCUCUUUGCUUGAGGAAAUUGGGUGGACUCAUUUUCGUUCAUAUGAGAGGGAAUGGAUGCUUGUGCGUUUCCCCCCAAGCUUGCCCCUUUUCUAGGCUCUUCCCGUUUGAAGUUUUUAAACAGCAAUGCAAGGAAAUAUCCUUUUACUUAGUUAUUUAUUGCCAUGGCAACCAUUCAUGCAACAUAAGAUUACUCCAACAGCCUCCCAGACUUGUAUAAAUAAAAGAAAACAAAAUAUGACUAUUUUUGUUUUAUACAUCUUGUAAUUCCAUUCAAGUACUAAGCAAACAAAACCUGAAACGUGAUUCCAGGUUGAAACACAAUAGAAAGGAUACGAUCAAGGUAAAGAAAGUAGUACUUAAAGUAUCUAAGUAUUAUGUACUGUUGGCUUCUUUGCAACAACAAGAUAAGCUUUAAGUAGAAGUCGUCUAAUAACUCUUACAGUA